AGCAAAUCGUGGUUGUAGCUUUACCCUGUAUUUCUUCUCCUUAAACGGAGACGUUUGCGCAGGGAACGAGACACAGUCGGCCAGGUUUUUCCCCAGCACUCGUAAGCUUCUUGGGGGACUGAACCUGGGUGACACGGGGCAGGAGUCUACCAAGGUUUUCUCGUGGGCCGUACGGGAAAAUUUUUCUUUGGAGGAGGACGAUAACCCGUUUUAAAGAGACUGCUGUGCAUCUCGCUCACUCCCAUUCUUUCCCCGUGCCCAACUGAGGUUUGUGUGGAUUCAACAGUUGAUCUACGUCUUGUUACUAGAGGACCCAGACAUGGUAACGUGAAGUUGUGGGUGCCUUUUGACUGUAAACUCCUCGCCUUUUAGAAGAGUUGGUGCUUCAAAGGCCGCGCACAGCACCGACGAGCCGUCCAGUACGGGAUCACAUCGAUAAACCUUGCCCUAAGACAACGGGAUCCGCACCGCCCACCAAACGCGUUACUGAGAGGUGAUUGGUCAGCUCUAGGGGCUUGCGUGCGCCUAAACGUAAGCGAUGAUUGGAGAAGCGGAAAUAACAGAUUGCCCUCUCCGCCACUCAGCUGCAGGCGGCAUGUUAGUUCCGGGUCGACAGUGUCUCACAUGGUGAGGAUUUGAUGACCUUCGCGAGCCUAAUGCAUUUUCCUUGAGUUAAUAUGUCUGCGCCGGGGGAGACUCUGAGACACCCUUGAGGAACAGGAGGCCAGGCUUUCCCGAGGCUUUGCCUGAGGUCCCCUGGUUAUGGCGCUUCGCUCGCGGCCCUGGAAGUUGUUCUCGGUUUGCAGAAACCCCGAGUUUGGGUGCGCAGCCCUCUCAACCGGUGGCAAACCAGCGGUGAAGCCUGACGUGGACUCUCUGGAAAAUGAAGCUGUUGCCUCAGAAUUCACCAACCGGAAUCCCCGGAAUCUGGAACUCCUAGCUUUAGCUAGGAAAGAGCGGGGUUGGGGGACAGUGUGGCCCUCCCGUGAGUUCUGGCACAGGUUACGAGUUAUAAGGACUCAACAUCAUAUUGAAGCAUUUGUUGAGCAUCGAAAUGGCCAGGUUGUAGUUUCAGCAUCCACUCAUGAAACGGCUACAAAAUGCUAUGACAGAAGGUGGUGUGGUAUUACAGGAACCUCGGAGAAUCUAUGAAUAAAAUAGCAACAUUAAUUGUUUUGAACUUGUACAAAACUUCCAGCCAUUACAGUCAUCAAAAGAGAACAUCUGGAAAAACAACCAGCUUGGAUGUUUUAUGACAAUACUGAAACAGUGGGCUAUAAAGAGCAUGUGGCCUUCUCUUUGUGGUGGUGGUGGUGUUUUAAUCAAGGGACCCUCUCUUGGACCUGAAAAAGCUAUUUGAGCAAAGUAGUAACCAAUUAUAAUUAGCUUUUGAAGGACAAAUGAAAAGUUGUUUACAAAUUUAAAAUAAAGGCCUAUUAUGAACUUUA